CCAAUAUUAUCUCGCUCUUCAGAUAAAAUCAUUGCAUGACAUGCGUGUGUGAGCGAACAAAAGUAUAUAAUAUAAUACUUGAUAAUAGUAUACUUGAUAAUACGUAUAUUUGCAUAGUUUUUAAAAAAUUUAUAAUACAUAUGUUUGUUACGUGUAUUUAAAAAUAUUAUUUUUGACAAGUAUCAAAAUAAAAUUGAGUAUUAAGAUGAUGAUUUUCUAAAUAAAUUUUUAAAAAUCAAAUUAAAACAUUGAUUUUUUACGAUAUUUAAUAAUAUAUACUAUAAUGAGUACAGAAGAAAUUAUUGAUUUUACGAAACUAGAACCAGAUAUUCAAUCUUUGAUAAAGAAGACUAUAGCAGUUCGUGAGUACUCUUAUUCACCUUAUAGUAAGUUUAAAGUUGGAGCUGCAAUACUUUGUGAUGAUGGAUCCAUUUUCACAGGAUGUAAUGUAGAAAAUGCAUCUUAUCCUGUAGGAACUUGUGCUGAAAGAACAGCAAUUGUUAAAGCAGUGUCAGAAGGAAAAAGAAAAUUCAAAGUUUUAACAGUAGUAGCUGAUAAAAAAAAUAAUAUUUUUACCACACCAUGUGGAUUUUGUAGACAAGCUAUUGCAGAAUUUGGUGAUAUACUAAUUUAUUUAACAGGACCUGAUAUGAAAAAUGUUUUAAAAACGACAUUAAGCAAUUUGUUACCUCAUGCUUUUGGAAUUGGAAAUGCAAAAUUAUUGCAAUAAAUUUUUGAAAGAAAUGAAAUGAAAGAGAUUAAAUCAUGUAUAUUAAUAUCUCUUAAUAUUUCUUUAAAUUCAUUUCUUUAAAUUUCUUUAAAUAAUAUUUCUUAAAUUCAUUUGUCUUAUAUAUUAAUUAUUUUAUCAAGACAUAUUCUGUCUUUUAAUGAAAAUAUAUAAUUAUUGUUGUUUUGUAUUAUAUGAAUUUAUCUAUAAAAUUUUGAAUGAAUGGUCUGACUGUAAUAAUGUGAUGAUGUUAGUUUUUAUAUAUACAAAUUUCAAUAAAUACAAAGACAAUCCUUAA